AACACCGUGUAUAUAGUACAGGGUGACCAAUGGGAAUAUGUUGAAAGUAAACGGUUAUAUAUCCCCUCCUCGAUUUCGGUAACUGUUUUACCGACUAGGGUCCGCUACCUAAGACCCGUCAAUUUCAUUUGAACCGUCGUAUAAACCGAUUUGCGAGUUAUAGGAUGGACGCGCUAAGCAUCGAAGAAAAAGUGUUUCUCAUCGAGUGCUUCUAUAGUAGAGGCAAAAACUAUAGUCAAGCGUAUCGUGGAUUCCGUAGUAAAUAUGGAUCUAAAAAAGUUUCAAGCGAAACAAUACUCAGAAGGAUUAUUGAUAAUUUUGGUAUGUAUGGCACUUUGAACGAUCGUAGACAUGAUUUACCUGGUCCAUCUCGUACCGUUACAACGGACGAAACAAUUGAUGACGUUAGAAAUUAUUUUGACAAAAAUCCAAACACCUCGAUUAGGAAAGCUGCUCAGGUUUUGGAUUUAAAGCGAGAAACUCUCCGAAAAAUAAUGAGAAACGUCAUUAAACUGCAUCCCUACAAAAUCACUACACAUCAAUUGCUGACGGAGAAAGCGAUGGAAAAACGAGUUGAGUUUUGUAAGGUGGUAACCAAUAUGUUUGAAAGUGAGGAACUCGAUGAAAAACAAAUAAUAUUUACGGAUGAAGCUCACUUUUGGUUAAACGGAUAUGUCAACAAACAAAAUUAUCGGUUUUGGGGACAGGAAAAUCCAAACGUGUCUAUUGCCAUUCCUCUUCAUCCUCAAAAGGUUUUCGCGUGGGCUGCAAUUUCUGUAAAAGGGGGUCUACCUGCAAUUUUUUGAAGGAACUGUGACUAGUCAAAGUUAUAAAGAAUUAUUGGAGACUAAAUUCUUUCCCCAUGCAAAGAAACGCGGAUUAGUAAAAAACUUCCAUUUUAUGCAGGAUGGCGCGACCCCACAUCGUACACGCGAAGUCUUUGAAUCGAUACAUGAAGUGUGUGGCAACAGAAAAAUUGGAUUAGGAUACCCGAAAUUUGCUCAUGGAGGUCUGGAAUGGCCUCCUUAUUCACCUAAUUUGAACCCGUGUGAUUUUUUUCUUUGGGGUUACCUCAAAGACAAAUGUUACGCCGUACAACCUCAAAACACCGCAGAGCUGAUAAAUAGUAUUAAAAAAUGCACUCGCAGCAUUCCUACAUCUAUGUUAGAUAAUGUAUUUCAAAGUUUUUGCAAACGAUUGCAGUUCUGUGCUAAUUCUAAUGGACAACACUUUGAAAACAUAUACCAUUAAUUCAUAUGCGCAAGCAAAAUUUUUCUUUUUUUUAAUAUUGUGUAUUUCAAUUGUUAAAUUAUUAUAUUUCUCUUUCAUAUAUAUGGUAAUAAAAUUGACAAGUUUUCUCUACAAAAUGGCGUUUAAUUCAUUUUAUUCGGCCUAUUUGUUACGAAGUAAUAACUAUUUACUUUCAACACAUUCCCAUUGGUCACCCUGUAUUUAU